AUGGCCGAUGUUGAUGUUGAGGUACCAAACAACCCCGUCUUGAGCGGAGGCGCUAUGGACGUCAACACAGCCCUUCAAGAAGUUUUAAAGACCGCUCUCAUCCACGGAGGUCUAGUUCAUGGUUUACACGAGGCUGCCAAGGCUUUAGACAAGAGACAAGCUGUUCUCUGUGUUCUGGCUGAGAACUGUGACGAGGCUGCCUACAAGAAAUUGGUACAGGCCCUCUGCAAUGAACAUCAAAUACCCCUUGUUAAGGUUGACAACAACAAGAAACUCGGUGAGUGGGCCGGUUUAUGCAAAAUCGACAAGGACGGCAAAGCAAGGAAAAUCGUCGGUUGCUCUUGCGUUGUUAUCACAGACUUUGGUGAAGAGACGCCAGCGUUGGAUGUUCUCAAGGACUACCUGAAAUCUUCAAGCUAA